AUGCAAAUUCACAAAUCGAUCGCUUAUAAAUCGCCCUCAAAUAACAAUUUUUUACUGAAAGCUUGUCGAUUUCCAAUUCUCCUGGUAAAAAAACUCGGACAAAGAUUGUUAGGUGCCGUCCUGAGACAAUGUUUUCAAAAUCCAUCGCCGAUCAGCGCUUUUAGAACCAUAUGGAUAUGUGCUUUGUUGGUGGGAGAGGUGUUGAUCUUUCAGUAUGCCAUGAGAAAAUGUUCUUGGCCUGAGAGUGUUCAAUGGGAUAAAUCAUUGGCUGAGCCAUACCGAAUCGCCUUAAUUGCCGAUCCCCAGAUAAUUGAUGAUUAUUCAUAUGGUCGGACUGGUCUAUUACAGAAAAUAUCCGAAAUAUAUCCUGAUAUGUACAUGAGAAAGAAUUGGAUAAACAUGCAAAGUAUAUUUGAUCCCGAUGCAGUAAUAUUCAUGGGUGAUCUAAUGGAUGGUGGUAGAGAAUGGGAUGAUGAGAAAUGGGAAAUAGAAUUAUAUCGGUAUCAACAAUUAUUUCUGCCGAAAAAACCAGAACAAAGAAUCUUCCAUUUGGUCGGAAACCAUGACGUCGGAUUUGGUGAGAAAUUGGUUCGAGGGGCACUCCAAAGAUUUCGUAAAACAUUUGGGAAAACCAAUUAUAAAGUCAAUUUGGGAAAUCAUUCGAUCGUCGUACUUGACACCGUAACACUGAGUGGUUCUGAUGAGUCGAUAAGAAAAGAAGGACUCAAAAUAAUAGGAGAACUUGCUAAUGAUACCUCGAAUCAAUUUCCUCGAAUACUCAUGACACAUGUACCACUGUACCGGCCGCCAAAUAAAGAUUGCGGACCGCAAAGACAAGGAAGUUCAUACAUUAACCAAAAUACCGGUUACCAAUACCAGAAUUUAGUGGAUGAGCCGUUAACAAAUUUCAUACUAGACAAUGUAAAACCGAAAUUAAUUUUUAGUGGCGAUGAUCAUGAUUAUUGUGAGAUAACUCAUGAGAAGUGGAAUGCUUUUGAAGUUUCGGUCAACAGUUUUAGCUUUGCCAUGGGUGUUGAGAGACCCGGCUUCGUCUUACUAAGCCUUUACAACCCACAAACUGUGGAUGAUUCCGCCGCUUUACCGAAUCAACACAUUCGUCGUACUACCGAGUCUUUGCCACAAUGGCAUCUAUACCAACAAAGAGGUGAUUUGAUAUUGUUGAAGGGACAAUAUUGGAAAUCAGUUGGCAAAGCGUUGUUGGAUAUUGGUGUGGUUGGCGUAAUGACAUAUUUAAUUUGUUGGUUAUGGUUCUUGGUUUAA